AUGAUGGAAGUUGCUCAACAAGGUUACCACACUAAAGGGGCUUAUUUACUAAAGCCACAGAUAGGCACUGGGCUACCGAGGAGCUCGUGCCGCUUCUCUCACGGCGCGCUGACGUCACAUUUGUGCAGCAUCGUUGGCCUCACCCUCCCUUGGCCCAGCGGUUGUCCACCGCUGCCUCAAACUUCUCCUCCUCCCUCUCAGAGCGCUGCGCUCCCCAUUCUCCUUUCGGGAUCUCGCUGUCGCGUCCAGCUGUGGCCGUCACAGGGCGCGUUCGCUGGCGCUCACCUGAUAGGUCCUUGGCCUCAGGACGACAGCCAGCACCAACACGUUCCCUACAUGAGGGACAAAGCCACGCAGACCCCCAGGGCCUGGGCAGAUGAGAGGAGGAGAGGCUCUCACAAACGCUCGGCCUCCUGUGGGAGCACCGACCAGCUUAAGGAGAUUGCCAAAUUGCGUCAGCAGCUUCAACGCAGCAAACGCAGCAGCCGUCAUCGGAGGGACAAAGAACGCAAAUCUCCAUUCAAUGGCAGCCACACCAUCAUCCAGUCACAGUCCUCUAUGUCCAAGACCAUCCUGAUACCCAUCCCAAUAUCCAAGUCAUCAGCGCCUCGUUUCCGCAACAGCAUAGAGGGCCUCAACCAGGAGAUCGAACGCAUCACCAUCCGCGACAUUCCUGAAAAGGACGAGGCCAUCACUCCACAGGAUGUCCCCGAUGGCCAUCGUGCACCCCCACCUGUCCCACCGCAACGCAGCAGCAGCACCCGCAGCAUCGACACACAGACUCCCUCAGGGGGUGGCCUGAGUGGUAGCCAUAGCAACUGCAGUAGCCGUCCCGAUUCCAUCUCACCCUCCUACCUUACCGUUCUCAACGAUACAUGUGGAGGAAGCCCUUAUGAGGACAAAGAGUUGAGUCCCUGCUCCCCACUGCCGAAAUAUGCCGCCUCUCCCAGACCCAACAACAGCUACACUUUCAAGAGAGAACCUCCGGAGGGCUGCGAGAAGGUCAAAGCAUCCGAGGAGUCUGUACCCAAAUCUCUGCAAGAGAUCCCGCCCUUCCUGUGCCCUGACCGCAACAAGGUCAACUUCAUUCCCAACAGUGGCUCUGCCUUCUGCUUGGUCAGCAUCCUGAAGCCCUUACUUCCUGCACCGGAGCUCAACUUCCGGCCUGGAAUGGGCCGCCGAAGUCUGUCCCCAUCCCUGGUGCCCCUAGGUGGAGUCGGGCUGCAGAGCCUGUCUCCAUCCUUGUCCACCCAACCCUGCCUCCUGGAGGAGCCUGAGACCUUCUGACAGCCCCAAAACGUUUUACCCCAACAUCCCCCAAAAACAACGCGACAGAAUCAGAGAACAUUUGAAACUCCAAAACCUACUUUUUCUGCCUUCAGCAUGCUGGCUCAGCCCUCUCUGAUGUCCUUAUCUUGUUGAAGAAGCUCUUCCCACUGCCUGUCCUCCUCAAACUAUGAUGCCAACCUGAGAGUCCUGCAUCCCCAUUUGGGUUUUUGCAGUCAACAUUUCAUGGCUUUGUUCUACCUUGAGUGCCGCUUUUGUUCCCACUUUUUUAAGAAGGAAAAGGGCGAAGAACAGACUUGAUUUCAUCGUAAUAUACCAUGACGCCUUUCCACAGACAUAUCUCUUUUCUAUCUGUACUUUUUUCUCUUAAUAUUAAAUAUGCCUUCAUUACGGGGAAAAAA